AGAAAACAAAAAACAUUUGACAAAUUACGCGUCCCCAGACCCCAUUCCCCAACGAACACCAACCGCCGACUCAUAGCUUGACUCUCAGCUCUAGCCAUUGCUACUCAACUCCCCUGAUCACCGCACCCAUUUCUCUCCUUUCAAUCUUCUACAAUGAGCUUUGCACCUGCAGCCGAGCUAAUCGCAGUAGGGAACCCUAACCCUAGCUUGACUCCCUGCUUAAAGCCGCCUUUUUCCGCAACCAAGCUCAGGUUCGAAUCCGUUCUGGCUGUCGGACCUCGUCGCGGCUGCAGAGCCUUGGUCGUGGCUAAAGGCAUCGGCCUCGGCCUCCGCCGCGGCCCUGUUUGCAGACGGAGUCUUGGGAAGAGGUCGGUUUUCGCAUUUGCAGCUUCUCGUGAGGAAUCGGAGCCUUCAGAUGUCAAUGUUGAGAAGGAGAAGAGUGAUAUUGAAAUGGAUGCUGAAGAAUCACAAGAAGCCUGGAAAAAGACCCUAGAUUCUUUCAAAGAACAAGCCAUAAAGAUGCAGAGUGUGUCUCAAGAAGCAUAUGAUGUGUAUUCCAAGAAAGCCGUUGUCAUUUUGAAAGAAACUUCUGAGAAAUUAAAGAUACAAGCUGAGAAAGCAAGACAAGAUUUGAGUGUCAUUGCAAAGGAAAUCAGCGAGGAGAGUAAAGAGUAUUUAGCUACGGCUGCUGAGAAUUCCCCUGAAUCUGUAAAGGUUAUUGUUGAAACGUUUGCUUCCUCCACUGAUGAAUUGAAUGAUGUCUCCAAAGUGAGGGACUUUUACGUUGGGAUACCAUAUGGUGCACUUCUUUCAGUUAGUGGCUUUUUGUGCUUCAUGCUGACAGGAAGCAUUCCUGCUAUUAGGUUUGGUGUUAUACUUGGUGGUACACUUUUGGCCUUGAGUAUCUCAAGUCUAAGAUAUUGGAGAAAAGGAGAGUCGAAUUCCCUGGCCUUAAGAGGACAGGCAGCAAUUGCUACCAUCUUAUUUCUAAGAGAGUUCCGCUUGCUGUUUCAGAGAGGAUUUAUUGUCAACAUUAUUACAACCUUGAUCAGUGGCUCAAUGGCAGCGUUCUUUGCCUAUAGGAUGAUAAAAGAUGGCGAGCAGACCAAGGGUUCAAAUUUAGAAACACAGCCGGAAAAUUAAUGGUAAUGUAAGGGCAGCUCAGCUCGACUUUGUUAAUUGCAAUCAAAGAGCUAAAGUAUGACCAUAUGAUCUACCACCAUCCAUCUCCAAGUAUCAAUGGUUGAUUCUGGAUAGAAUUCAGUGAGCUUGCUUGCUCCCCACAUGCCAUAUUCUUCAUCGUCUUCUUCUUCUUCCUAUUGUAUUUAUCCGCGAGCUUAAUGCAUUAUUAUACGAGUAUUGCCGAGCUUAAUGCGUUAUUAUACGAGUAUUGCUAACUGCUAAGCUGUACAUUAUUAUCUAUGCUUUGGUUGACGGUGAAUUAGUAAAUGCAUCAAUCUUUACCCUUUUUUU